UCCGUUGUGACCGGCGCGUCACUGACUUGCUGUAGAAGAAGCGCCUCGGAAACACUGUUCACAGCUAAAGCUAAACAUAACAUUUAACAUCAGAGAAAGGCUUUAAUCACGAUGUCUCAGAGGAAGAAAGUAGUUCCAGCUUCUCAGAGCAAAAGUCAGAGACAGCGCUCCCAGUUAGUCCUGGAUGAGGAUGAGGAGGACCCGUCAUUCACUCAGGUGACAUCAUCACAGGUCCAGAGAGCCAGAGAGAACUUCACAUCUCUCCAGAUUGACCGCAAGGUGGCAGAGGUGGUCCAGUUUAUUUUGAUUAAAGACCAAAAGAAAAUACCCAUUCGAAGAGCAGACGUUGCCAAACAUGUGAUGAAGGAAUAUAAAGCCAUCUAUCCAGAGGUCAUUAACCGAGUUCGUCGCACAUUUGAACAGGUGUUUGGAUUAAAGCUGGUAGAAAUUGACUCCAAAAAUCACAUUUACAUCCUGAUAAACAAGCUGGAGCCUGUUCAAAAUGAACCAGUCAGCAUGCGUCCUGGAAACCCCAAAACAGGUCUGCUGUUUGUCAUUCUCAGUGUGAUCUUCAUGAAGGGAGGCGUCGUCAAAGAGAAUGUGGUGUGGAACACACUUAAGAAGCUGCGUGUGGAUGCAGGGGAGAAACACGAUGACUUUGGAGAUGUGAAGAAAGUGAUCACAGAUGAGUUUGUGCGGCAGAAAUAUUUGGAGUAUGUGAAGAUUCCUCACACUGACCCGGUGGAAUAUGAGUUUCGCUGGGGUCUGCGAGCUGAGAAGGAAGUGUCCAAACUCAAACUACUGGAGUUUGUUGGAGAGCUUCAUGAUCAGGAUCCUCAGAGCUGGACGCAGCAGUUCAGAGAGGCCAGUACUGCUGACAACACACAGAGAACAUGAACAACUCCACAUGCUCCAUGUGAAUUUAUACUGCUGUACAGUCCUGUUAGACAUCUUUCAAUAAAUAAGAGCAAAACUUGUGUACACACGAAAACAUGCUUCAAUUUGAGUUCCAUAUUUUUUGUUUGAAAUCACUUUUUUAAUGUUUGAAUUAAUAUUUAUUGUUUGUAAGCAAAAUAUGUUAUUGUACAAUACUCCCUGUACAGUAUUGUCUUUAUAAUCGGUCUGGUGUUGUGUGUAGAAGACUCCAGCAGGGAUCUGAUUUACAUUUCCUCUGUGCAACAUUGAUACAGACAUUUAAAAGAUCAGAAUUCUUUGACUUUCAUAUUUAUCUUAAAUUCAUAAAACAUUUAAAAAAUGUAGUGUAUUUUUGAAAAAAAAGCAGAGUUGUUCGGUCAUCAUGAAGUUUGUUUUGAGGUCAACACCCUAUCAGGCUAAUUCACCAUGCCUCACAAAUUAUUAUGGGUUUUUGCAAUACUAAUCUAUACGAGUAAAAUAAGUUCAGUUAUUGACAUUACUUGUUGAGGCUUUCACAUUUAGUUUUACUAUGUUGAACUGAUAACCUGAACUGAAUGAUUUUUGGUUCCAUUAACAGUUCUUGUAAGUGAAUUCUUAGAUUUGGAUGGGUCUCGGCACAAAAAUGCAGUACUAAAAACACAGAUAUUGAUUCAGCAGUGCAAAACAUACAGCGUGACCAGUGUAGUCUGAUUCCCGACACUUAUGAGUCAUUCUUUUGAAUCUACAGUGCUUGCUACCAAACAAACUGACACAUUUACAGUGGGUACGGAAAGUAUUCAGACCCCCUUACAUUUU